AUGUCGUCUGUCUUACAAACUUGCGAUUAACUCUCUCUGUAAAUUUGCUCUCAUUUAUUAUACUGCUGGAUGAAUGCAUAAAUAAAAUCGCUUCUUAUUAUUUUAGCUGGUCAUUUUGUUUUUAUAAUAGGUAAUUAAUUUUUACGCGAUUUUAUGUCAGUUCAAAUGCAUUCAAUCAUCUAAUGUGCACAUUUCUUUGAAGAUGAGUAAAUGUGUUGCCGUAAGUUAACACAAAGUAGAAGGAUUGGUGGAAGACGAUCGAAGAAAUAGAAGAAACAAAAGCCAAGCUGCUUAGCGAUCAGAAAUCUUUUUCCAAAAUUGACUAGAAAGAGAAGAGCGAGCUAACUCUGCAAAGCCCUGCUGCACAGAUAUACAAUUUCGAUUACAUUUUAGAAAAUUCAAUUUACUUUAGAAUUUCAACAAGCUUCUUUUCAUUAAUUUGAACUAAGUCCUUUGGGAUGCGACUCUUGUCGCUCAAUCAAGUGCUACUUAGAGUUACAGCUAUAAGAAGACAACAGCUUCGAAUUGGGUAACAUAAUGACGCUUAAGUUUCAAUUACCUUUCUUUACUAAGCCCAACCCAUUGAACAGAACUAUCCUACCAAGUAGAGUAAAACCUUCUCAACAAUGCGGGAACAUCUCUUCAUCCCCAUCAAUAUAUAAGCGCAAUACUCUAAUGCUUUAUGUUCAUAAUAAUCAGCACUCAUUCCGUUAAACUCAGAUCAACAACGAGCCAUACUUUCGAUUUCCCCUUACUAUUAUUUCACAAUUGCAAUUCGCAGAUCUAGAAUACUUUAAAUUCCUCAUACUUUUGUAAACACCAAGGGACUACCACAAUCAUUUGAAAGAAUUGGUCAAGCUAAGACUAUCUUUUACUUCUUAAUUCACCUUAAUACUAGGGAGAUGUUUACUUCGCAUCUCAACACGCAAUACAACCUCACUCAGAUCUAGCAGCUAAACUAUAACUCUAUUACUCUUUUGA